UUGUUGCAACAAUUGCUUUUGGAAUGGGGAUUGACAAGUCAAAUGUCCGAAGAAUCAUCCAUUAUGGUUGGCCACAGAGUUUGGAGGCAUACUAUCAAGAAGCAGGUCGAGCUGGCAGGGAUGGGAAAUUAGCAGAUUGCACUCUAUAUGCAAACCUAACACGUGUACCGUCACUCUUGCCAAGUAAAAGAAGUGAAGAUCAGACAAAACAAGCAUAUAAGAUGCUAUCUGAUUGCUUCAGAUAUGGGAUGAAUACUUCAUGCUGUCGGGCUAAGAUACUUGUGGAGUACUUCGGAGAGGAUUUUAGUUGUGAUGCAUGUCUCUUGUGUGAUCUGUGCACUGAUGGAGUUCCUCAAAUGCAGAAUUUGAAAGAGGAGGCGGAUCUUUUAGUACGGGUUAUUGCUACUAAUUGUGGGAGCACUUUCAUGGAUGACUCAUAUGAUGAUACUACAUGCACUGACAUUAAGCAACGGAGAUCUAUGGAAAUGUUGAAUCUCAGAGCGUAUGUCAGCAAAAUAAGGGAGCUGUGUCAAAAAUUUGUGACAACUGAUCUGCUAUGGUGGCGAGGUCUUGCACGAAUUCUGGAAGGUAAAGGGUACAUCCAAGAGGCAGAUGACAAGAUUCAUGUUCAGAUAAAAUUCCCAGAGCCAACAAAAUUAGGACUGGAGUUUCUGAGAUCUAAAGGGGAUGAAACUUUCGAUGUUUAUCCUGAAGCAGAUAUGCUGCUCUCAAUGAACAAGUGCACAUCUUAUUCAACUUUCACAGAAUGGGGAAAGGGCUGGGCAGAUCCUGAGAUUCGUCGUCAGCGCUUAGAAAGGAUGCGACAAAAUCCAGAUGGGUCCCGUGGUAAACAGAAGCAACGAAAGUCCCGGAUGUCAAGAAAGUCACGGAGUAGAAAAUCAAAUAAAAACAACUCAGAUUUGAGAACUGUCAGAGGUAGAAUAGAAGCAAAACUCUCAAAAUACAAAUGACAGAUCAAGGUCAUUGAAUUAAUGAAAAUGCAUAUGUAUUGAAUAUGUGAUUUGGUUGUUUUGAUAAUUCAAUAUCAAAGAUUGAAAGUUAAAAGAGAAGAAUGUAUUUUUUUUUACUAUAAAAGAGUUUUGUAUGUAGGUCUUGUAGUAGAGUAGUGCAUACCAAGAUUGUAAUCAAUUACAGAACCUGAUUCAUUUGUAGUUUUUAGGGACAGGAGGUGAAAUAAGGGUGCUUUUAAUUCCAUGGUUUAUAUAUCCAAAAAAAUAGAGAAAAAAAUUGUGCAAAGAAAACAAUUAUACUGCAAAAGAUUUGUUGCACAUGGUGAUCUUUGAAAUCAUUACCACGGCAUGGGAGGCUCUCAGUGACAAGUUGAGUCGAGAAGUGUAUGAUGUUGGUGCUGGUCUGUUGCGUUUGCUGAGCAAACAACAAGAGACUAGAAAGGUUGAGAGCAAGACGUUGGAGUUAUUGGAAAGAAAAGAUGUGCAUCCGAUCGAGGACAUGAGUAGAAGAAACCGUGCCAAAAGGAUCACCUAAGGCUAAGGUUGGCUUGGCUACGAUGUAUAUGAUGUUUUUGUGGGUACAAAAGAAACAAUUUCUUGAUUUCUUGCUAUGUAGAAGAUUUGUUCUUUCUUGUUUUCUUGCUAUCUAUAUGUAUAGAAUAUUGAUAGGACUUUCUUUUCUUUUGGUUUUGAGGUUGGCUAGGGUUUGAUAGAAAGGAAAUAAGCAUGGAAAAAGAGAUAAGGAUUGGUAGUUGGUGAAUCAGAUUGGAAGUACAAAUUUGUCUUA